AUGUCCCUCAUCAAGUAUGCGAAGACAUACAUAGCUAAUCAAGCAAAGUAUGCGCACCUUAACGCCUUCGUGUCUCGCGUCGAACCGUCGGCACUCCUCAAUGUUCCGCCGAACCCUCCGCUAGCGACUGAUGGCGAAGGCAAUGCAGAUUGGCAUAACCUUCGCGGCAUGCCUGUAGCGGUAAAAGACAAUAUAUGCACAAAGGAUCUCAAGACUACAGCUGCAUCUGGAAUCCUCAAAGAUUUCACGAGUCCCUAUGAUGCGACGGUGGUCAAGCUACUGCGGGAAGAGGAUGUCGUGGUUGUUGGAAAGACGAAUAUGGACGAGUUCGGGAUGGGAUCGCACUCGAUAAAUUCACACACCGGGCCGGUGAAAAUGCAGAGAUAUGAUGGCGAGGAGGCGAGUGCGGGCGGCAGUUCUGGAGGCAGUGCGCUGGCCGUCGCAAGCUCGCAAUGCUGGGCAGCCUUGGGAACAGAUACAGGCGGCUCUGUGAGGCUUCCUGCUGCUUAUACGGGCGUAGUGGGCUUUAAGCCAAGUUAUGGGCUGCUCUCAAGGUGGGGCGUCAUUGCGUAUGCGAACUCUCUAGACACUGUCGGCAUCCUUGCGAAGAGUCCUCGCAAUGCUGAACGAGUAUUCGAGAAGCUUAACCAUGCUCUAUCGGCAUACUACGUUCUGGCCCCUGCCGAAGCAUCAAGUAAUCUUGCAAAGUACGAUGGCGUUCGUUUUGGAAGCAGAGCGGAUGGCAUCGACGGUACUCCAGAAAGUGUGCUCUUUGCAAAGACUCGUGGACAAGGUUUCGGUGCAGAAGUGCAGCGCCGGAUUCUGCUGGGCGCAUUUUCACUCAGCGCACAGGCCAUCGACAAUUAUUUCAUUCAGGCACAGAAAGUCCGAAGGCUAGUGCAGCAGGAUUUCAACAACGUGUUCGCCAAAGCCAAUCCGCUUGGCAAUGAGGGCACGACGUCCGGAGGCGCAGACGAGAAGGUGGACGUCUUGCUGUGCCCGACUGCCCCCACACUUGCUCCAGCUUUGUCCGAUGUCAAACAGCAGGACCCCCUCAAAGCAUACAUGAAUGACGUCUUCACCGUGCCCGCAAGUCUUGCAGGCUUACCCGCGAUUAGCUUGCCUGUCCAUAUUACAAAGGAGGAGGAACUAGUGUUACACGGAGACCAAGACAUCAGGGAAAGUGCCGGAAUGCAAAUAAUCGGCCAGUACGGAGACGACAAACUCGUUUUGAAUGCUGCGCAGAGCCUCCAGCUAGCACUAAAGGCUAUACAAGUGACUGCAAAACCUGAUAUGACCGCCUGGGGUCAUAGUAGUCUUGGAAAGACUUCAGCCCGAGAGCGCAAAAAGUAUGAAGAAAACGCCAACGAGCUCGGCCUUAGCAUGGCAGAGGCCAUUCCGAUAAUAGAGGCACGCAAACUACAGGCUGCCAAACAGCUGACCGCGACGUUCUACGAGGCGCUCGGAUCUGCGCGUCUGAAUGAGGCCGGUUCAUUUCACAGACAGUCACGCCAGGAAUACAUUGCGCGCUUCAUAGACGAGGAAGAUCCGCUCCUUGCAGAGAAGUUGUUGUACGCGAAGCAAAUCGAGUAUCUGAAAAGGAUGGAGGACAGGCGCGAGGGGCAGGAGAGACUUGCACGAAGAUACCAGCGUGAGGCAGACAUGUUCAAUGCUUCAGAGGCAAUUAAGGCAGAAGAUGCAGAGCCCCCCAAAGCGAACGAUACAGGCCGUCCAGCGAACCAACAGCAUGAAUCGAAGCCUCUACACCCACUAGGCUCGUCGUUCUACAGAAAUGGUGUCGCGAUCAAGAAUUGGCGCCGUGCCACGUUCAAGGGCGCAGACAUCGAUCUCAAACGCGAUGCUGGAAAGCUGUAUACAAAUUCACCGCCACCACCUGGACUGGAAGUGAAGAAGGAUGUGAACUUUUGGUUGCUCAAGCCCAAGGAACCACCACCAAAUUUACCACCACCACCAGAGCUGGAAGUGAAGAAGGAUAUAUACGUGUGGAGGCUCCAGCCCAAGGAAUCUCCUUCAGGUAGAAGGCGUACAAAAGCGAAGAAGCAGGCUGGACCAAGCAUUGAGGAGCUUCAAUAG